UUCCUAAUAUUCAAAAUGCAAAUAUAUCAGAUAAUUUUCUGUUAAAGAAGGAUGAGUAUAUUUUUGUUUUAUAUAGUGAAACUAUGUGUGUCAGAAAAGUUAUAGCAUUAUAUUUUGAAAGCUAUAAUAACCAUUAUUAUACAGAUGAACCUGUUAUAGAUUUGAAUAAUAUUUCUUAUAUUUCGUUACAUGGUUAUUUACCUAUUCAUUUUGAUUUGUUUAGCGAUGUUUUAAAGGAGGGUUGUAUUCUUUUAACACAUCAUUUAGCUUCUAAUAUUGUUUAUUAUAUCGAUAAAUUAGGAGUAUCAAUUGAUAGAAAUAUUUUAAG